AUGUCCCGCAAGAAGAGCCCCCGCGGCAAGGGCUCCUCCUCCGCCGCCGCCGCCGCCGCCGCCGCCUCGUCCGCCCUGCCCGCCGCCCAGCAGCAGCAGCAGCAGCAGCAGCAGCGCGACGGGCAGGCGCGGGUCGCGGCCGGAUCGGGGCCGGCGGGGGGCGAGGCCGCCAACGGGGUGGCGCUGCCCGGCAGGCCCUCGCUCAGCAGCAGCGGCGAGUUCUACGACGUCGCCUUCAAGGUCAUGCUGGUUGGUGAUUCUGGCGUUGGGAAGACGUGCCUGCUGGUGCGGUUCAAGGACGGCGCUUUCCUGGCUGGGAGCUUCAUAUCGACGGUGGGGAUUGACUUCCGGAAUAAAGUCUUGAAUGUGGAUGGUGUGAAGGUAAAGCUACAGAUCUGGGACACGGCAGGCCAGGAGAGGUUUCGGAGUGUCACGCACGCAUACUACCGAGAUGCCCACGCUUUACUGCUCCUGUAUGAUGUCACAAACCGAGCAUCCUUUGACAAUAUACAGGCCUGGCUGACAGAAAUUCAAGAGUAUGCGAAGCAAGACGUGGUUCUGAUGCUUCUGGGAAACAAGGUGGACUCUACUCAAGAGCGAGUGGUGAAGCGAGAAGAUGGGGAGAAAUUAGCCAAGGAAUAUGGAGUGCCCUUCAUGGAGACCAGUGCCAAGAGCGGCUUGAACGUGGACCUGGCCUUCACAGCCAUUGCCAAGGAGCUGAAGCACCGAUCGAUGAAACUGCCCAAUGAGCCCCGGUUUAAACUGCACGACUAUGUCAAGAAGGAAGUCAAAGGCCCCGGCUGCUGCAGGUCAUAAGCGCAAGCACUUUCCUGUGUGCUUUGCCCUCC